UUGUUAGAGUAAACAUGACGUGCAAGAAUAUGUGCCGUUUUGUGAUUAUUCCGGACAAAUUGCUGUUUGUCCGUGAUGCGGGGGGCGGACAUUUCCAAAAUGGCGUCGGCACUCGAGACUUACGUGAAUACUGUUCAGACUCUAUCUUCACAAGGUAACUUUACACAGCUUUGUGAGUUCAUCAGCAAAAGUGCAGACAUUCUGGCCAAGAAUGCAGCCCAUCUGGAUACUGUUUUAGCCACACUUGAUGUGCAGCAGCAUUCUCUAGGAAUACUUGGAAUUUUAUGUGUCAAAUACAAUCUUCCAAAUAUCCCUGACUUUGAGGCCCUUUAUGGACUGACUCAAGAAUUCAUCACAACAUGCAAUGGAGAGCAAGUCCGAUAUGCCACUGACAGUUUUGCGGACCUAUGCCACAAGUUUACACACAAGUUAGUAGAGAAGAAAGAGCCUGUCCGAGGUAUCAAGGUGUUGACAACAGCCAUUCAGAAGAUUCAGCUAUUUCCAGAACAACUGACGUCAAUCCAUGCUGAUCUCUGUCAGCUGUGUUUACUUUCCAAGAACAUGAAGCCAGCCCUCCCCUUCCUCCAGCAUGACAUCACAGACAUCAGCAGAGAGGGCGGUCAGUUUGAUGCACGGGACUUCCUGCUGUACUACUACUAUGGAGGAAUGAUCUACACAGCAUUGAAGAACUACAACAGGGCACUCUACUGUUUUGAAGUUGCUGUGACGACUCCGAGCAUGGCUGUCAGCCAUAUCAUGAUGGAAUCCUACAAGAAGUUCAUUUUGGUGGCACUCAUUGUACAUGGAAAGAUUCCUAACCUGCCAAAGUACACAUCCCAGGUGGUAGCAAGGUACAUAAAGCCUCUUUGUCAAGCAUAUCAUGAUCUUGCUCAUUCUUAUGCAACAAACAACCCAGAUGAACUUCGAACAACUGUUACUAAGCACACAGAAACCUUCACAAGGGACAACAACAUUGGUCUGGUGAAGCAGUGCAUCACAUCAUUGUACAAGAAGAAUAUACAAAGACUUACAAAGACUUUCCAGACCCUUUCACUGACCGACAUGGCCAACAGAGUUCACCUGUCUGGCGCCAAGGAGGCGGAGAAAUAUGUCCUGCACAUGAUAGAGGAUGGUGAGAUCUAUGCAACCAUCAACCAGAAAGAUGGGAUGGUCCGGUUCCAGGACAGCCCGGAGAAGUACAACAACGCAACCAUGCUCCUCCAGGUGGAUCAGGAGAUGCAGAAAUGUAUAGAGCUUGAUGAAAAGUUGAAGACAAUGGAUCGAGAAAUCACCGUUAACCCACAAUAUGUUCAAAAGCAGUCGGUCGAGACGUAUCGACAUGAUGAAUCUAACAGCAUUACGCUUUGGGCUUGACCAGACAAGUGGGAGUUCUGGUAGCCACGAUGAUGAUAUUCCCGGUUCCUCCACCAGCAAAGGUCAAGGCUAUUGAUGUUGUCAUUGCUGCCUAUUGGUCUGUCUUAAAAGUGCUACAGUUGUUAGGCCAAAGACUUGUUUAUGUACAUAUGUAUUCAUUUUGAGCUCAUGAAGUGAAAAGUCAGGGAAUAAUAGUAGUUCCAUAAAUAAUGUACUGGAAGGCCAAGACCUAAAUAAGUUUCUUGUCUUUGAAAUAAGCUAACACUCUAAAGAUGCAAGAAACAUUGUAAUUGUGAUUUAAGAAUACUGGAUUGCUGCCAUACACUUCAGACAAGAACAAGUUGUCCAUGCUUGCAGGAUCUAAUCAUCCGAAAAAUGUUUCACUUUAGUUAUUUCUUGAUCAUAUGAUGACCAGUUCAAUGUGAUAUAAUUUGGAGAAUGCUAUGUAUAUACCCGGUAUGUUCUUUACAUCUUUGGUAGGAGUUUCUAUACUUUACACAGCAAAUUCACUGCAUAGCAGACGAUGAAUGUGUCUCAAAAUCUUUCAUGUACAAGAAGUCUGCAAAAAAUCACAUGAAAACAUGCUUAUAUGGUAAUUUGUUGCAACGUUUGUAUGCCUUUUCAUAACAUGCAAAUAAAAGAUUAACAGAAUCUUGAAAA